AUGGCGGUCUAUAUAAGCAAACCAAAAUCUAAACCUGGCACUGGGGGGUGGGGGGAGGGGGCCGCAGGGGAGGACAAAGAGAAUUGUGACGCGGCCGGGCGGGGCUCCGGGGUGUCGCGUGGUGUACCCCUCAGUGACUUGGUCCUGGUCAGGACCAGGGGCGCUUGCCGAGCGGGGGAUGCUCCAAGGCUCAGCAGCAUGUGUCUGUGCUGUAGGGGGGACGAAGCCAUCCAAGUGAACCCCGAAGGGCCAAGACAGCAACACCCUUCAGAUGUCACCGCACGGCAGUGGUCAUAAAGCUGGAAUCUGUACAGAAGAAAUCAUGCCAGACCAUAACAUGCAGAUUUAUAACAUCAAGUGGCAUCUCAUAAUUUGACUUCAUUUGAAACAUAAAGGCAAUACUCUGUCAUUUCAGCAAAAUAAAUGCAGUGCAACCAUGUAACAUCCAAACCACAGGGUCUAGAAUUUUAUUAAAUACAUAAUUCAUUAUCACCAUUUUUUUCCUGUGGUAAAUUUGGGAUUUUCUGCUUUUUCAACGAAUAAUAAAAUAUACAGGUCCUUAAAAAUUAUAUACUCCUGUUUAAAUUUCUGCAUGGAAAUAUAUCACCUAUCUAAAGAUUUAGAAUUAUGCUUUAACAAAAGGGGAAAAGAUAUUUUCUCUGCUGUAUAUUUAUAACGACUUGUGUUUAAAUAAAACGUUUAAAAUCUUUA